AGGUCCGCUGGAGGCUCCGGGCGCGUCGCGCGGACACUCCUCUCGGCUCCUCCCCGGCGGCGGCGGCUCGGAGCGGGCUCCGGGACGGGAGCGCCGCGGCCAGAGGGCGCCGGGCCGCGGGGAUUACUCGGCGCAGGGCUUGUCUCGCCGGCUGGAUCGCGGAGAGAGACGCUCGGGGCGCGGGGCCGGAGGGCGAGGAGACAGGCUCGGGCGGCUGGUCGGCGGCCGCGAGGAGCGCGGGCACCCGGCGGGCAGGCCGCGUCGCGCUCACCAUGGUCAGCCGCUGGCACACCGGCGUGCUGCUGUGCGCGCUGCUCGGCGGCCUGCUGCUCACAGGCUCUAGUUCAGGUUCAAAAUUAAAAGGUCCUGAGCUGAGUUUAAAAGGCUCCCAGCACGUCAUGCAAGCAGGCCAGACACUGUAUCUCAAAUGCAGGGGGGAAGCAGCCCAUUCUUGGUCUUUGCCUGAAACUGUGAGUAAGGAAAGCAAAAGGCUGAGUGUAACGAAGUCUGCCUGUGGAAGGAACGGCAAGCAGUUCUGUAGUACUUUGACCUUGAACACAGCCCAGGCAAACCACACUGGAUUCUAUAGCUGCAAAUACCUUUCUACACCUGCCUCAAAGAAGAAGAAAACAGAGUCUACAAUCUAUAUAUUUAUUAAUGAUACAGGUAGACCCUUCUUAGAGAUGCACAGUGAAAUACCCGAAAUUAUAUAUAUGACUGAAGGAAGGCAGAUCGUCAUCCCCUGCCGGGUCACAUCCCCUAACAUCACUGUGACGUUAAAAAAGUUUCCACUUGAGACUCUGAUCCCUGAUGGAAAAAGAAUAACCUGGGACAGUAGGAAGGGUUUUAUAAUAUCAAAUGCAACUUACAGAGAAAUAGGGCUUCUGAUCUGUGAAACAACCGUCAAUGGACAUUUGUACAAGACCAACUAUCUGACACACCGACAAACCAAUACAAUCAUAGAUGUCUAUAUUAGCACACCAAGCCCUAUCAAGCUUCUCAGAGGCCAGAGUCUCACCCUCAACUGUACGGCUAUCACCCCCUUGAACACGAGAGUUCAAAUGACCUGGAGUUACCCUGGUGAAACAACUAAGAGAGCCUCUAUAAGGCAACGAAUUGACCGCCGCAAUUCCCAUGCCAAUGUAUUCUACAGUGUUCUCAUCAUUGACCAAGCGCAGAGUAAAGACAAAGGAUUGUACACUUGUCAUGUGAAAAGCGGCCCAACACUCAAAUCUGUUAACACCUCUGUGCAUAUAUAUGAUAAAGCAUUCAUCACUGCGAAACAUCGAAAACAGCAGGUGCUUGAAACGGUAGCUGGCAAGCGGUCUUACCGGCUGUCUGUGAAAGUGAAGGCAUUCCCCUCGCCAGAAGUUGUAUGGUUAAAAGAUGGAUUACCCGCGACUGAGAGAUCUGCUCGCUAUUUGGUUCAUGGCUAUUCGCUAAUUAUCAAAGAUGUAACUGCAGAAGAUGCCGGGGACUAUACAACCUUGCUGGGCAUAAAGCAGUCGAAUGUGUUUAAAAACCUUACCACCACGUUAAUUGUUAAUGUGAAGCCCCAGAUUUAUGAAAAGUCUGUGUCGUCAUUUCCAGACCCAAUUCUCUACCCACUGGGCAGCAGGCAAAUCCUGACUUGUACCAUUUAUGGUAUCCCUCAACCUACAGUCAAGUGGUUCUGGCAUCCCUGUGACCGUACGCAUCCCAAAGCAAGGUAUGACUUUUGCUCCAAUAAUGAAGAGUCCUUUAUCCUGGAUCCUGACAGCAACAUAGGAAACAGAAUUGAGAGCAUCAGUCAGCGCACGGCAAUAAUAGAAGGAAAGAAUAAGACCGCUAGCACCUUGGUUGUGGCCGACUCAAGGUUUUCUGGAAUCUACAGUUGCAUGGCUUCCAAUAAAGUAGGGAUUGUGGAAAGAAACAUGAGCUUUUAUAUCACAGAUGUGCCAAAUGGGUUUCAUGUUACCUUGGAAAAAAUGCCUACCGAGGGAGAGGACCUGAAACUGUCUUGCACGGUGAACAAGUUCUUGUACAGAGACAUUACUUGGAUCUUGCUGCGGACAGUGAACAACCGAACAAUGCACCACAGUAUCAGCAAGCAAAACACGGCCGUCACGAAAGAGUACUCCGUUACCCUCAACCUGACCGUCAAGAACGCCUCGCGGGAAGACUCAGGCACCUACGCCUGCAGAGCCAGGAACAUAGACACGGGGGAAGAAAUCCUUCAGAAGAAAGAAGUGACCAUUAGAGAUCCGGAAGCCCCGUCCCUUCUGCGGAACCUCAGCGAUCACACGGUGGCUGUCAGCAGCUCCACCACUUUAGACUGCCACGCCAGCGGGGUCCCAGAGCCUCAGAUAACCUGGUUUAAAAACAACCACAAAAUACAGCAAGAACCCGGAAUUAUUUUAGGACCAGGAAGCAGCACUCUGUUUAUUGAAAGAGUCACAGAAGAGGAUGAAGGCGUCUAUCACUGCAAAGCUACCAACCAGAAGGGGUCCGUGGAAAGUUCAGCAUACCUCACUGUUCAAGGAACCUCGGACAAGUCUAAUCUGGAGCUGAUCACUCUGACAUGUACCUGUGUGGCUGCAACCCUCUUCUGGCUCCUGUUAACUCUCUUUAUCCGAAAACUGAAAAGGUCUUCUUCUGAAAUAAAGACUGACUACCUGUCAAUCAUAAUGGACCCCGAUGAGGUUCCCCUGGAUGAGCAAUGUGAGCGGCUCCCUUACGAUGCCAGCAAGUGGGAGUUUGCCCGGGAGAGACUUAAACUGGGCAAAUCACUUGGAAGAGGGGCUUUUGGAAAAGUGGUUCAAGCAUCUGCAUUUGGCAUUAAAAAAUCACCCACGUGCCGGACUGUGGCUGUAAAAAUGUUAAAAGAGGGGGCGACAGCCAGUGAGUACAAAGCUCUGAUGACUGAGCUCAAGAUCCUGACCCACAUCGGCCACCAUCUGAAUGUGGUCAACCUUCUGGGAGCCUGUACCAAGCAUGGAGGGCCUCUGAUGGUGAUCGUUGAAUAUUGCAAAUACGGAAAUCUGUCCAACUACCUCAAGAGCAAGCGAGACCUAUUCUUUCUCAACAAGGACGCAGCUUUACACACGGAGCCUAAGAAAGAAAAACUGGAGCCAGACCUGGAACAAGGCAAGAAACAAAGAGUAGAUAGUGUCACCAGCAGUGAGAGCUUCGCAAGCUCCGGGUUUCAGGAAGAUAAAAGUCUGAGUGAUGUGGAGGAAGAGGAGGGCCUUUUUGUCUUAGCAGAUCAUCCCCUCCCCCCACGCUUGGGUGAAAUGGGCUGGAGGCCUGGAAAAAUCUCUGAUACUCAUGUUGAAACUCAAAUGCUCUUGAAAAUGAACUCUGAUCUACUUGUUGAUUCUGACGAUUUCUACAAGCAACCCAUCACCAUGGAAGAUCUUAUUUCUUACAGUUUUCAAGUGGCCAGAGGCAUGGAGUUUUUGUCUUCCAGAAAGUGCAUUCAUCGGGACCUGGCAGCGCGAAAUAUUCUUUUAUCUGAGAACAAUGUGGUGAAGAUUUGCGACUUUGGCCUUGCGCGGGAUAUUUAUAAGAACCCCGAUUAUGUGAGAAAAGGAGACACUCGACUUCCUCUGAAAUGGAUGGCUCCUGAAUCUAUCUUUGACAAGAUCUACAGCACCCAGAGCGAUGUGUGGUCUUACGGAGUCCUGCUGUGGGAAAUCUUCUCCUUAGGUGGGUCGCCGUACCCCGGAGUGCAGAUGGACGAGGACUUCUGCAGCCGCCUGAAGGAAGGCGUGAGGAUGCGGGCUCCUGAACACGCCACUCCUGAAAUCUACCAGAUCAUGUUGGACUGCUGGCACAAAGACCCAAAAGAGAGGCCAAGAUUUGCAGAACUUGUGGAAAAACUAGGCGAUUUGCUUCAAGCAAAUGUACAACAGGAUGGUAAAGACUAUAUCCCACUAAACGCCAUACUGACAGGAAAUAGUGGGUUUACGUACUCAACUCCUGCCUUCGCUGAGGACUUCUUCAAGGAAGAUAUUUCAGCUCUGAAGUUUAACUCAGGAAGUUCCGAUAAUGUCAGAUAUGUAAAUGCUUUCAACUUCAUGAGCCUGGAAAGAAUCAAAACCUUUGGAGAACUUUCACCAAAUGCCAUCUCCAUGCUUGAUGACUACCAGGUGGACGGCAGCCCCCUCCUGGCCUCCCCCUUGCUGAAGCGCUUCACCUGGGCUGAGAGCAAACCGAAGACCUCGCUGAAGAUUGACUUGAGAGUGACCAGUAGAAGUAAGGAAUCGGGGCUUUCUGACCUCGCCAGGCCCACUUUCUGCCAUUCCAGCUGUGGGCACAUCAACAAAGGCAAGCGCAGAUUUACAUACGACAACUCAGAGCUGGAAAGGAAGAUGUCGUGCUGCUCUCCGCCGCCGGACUACAACUCGGUGGUCUUAUAUUCCACCCCGCCUGUGUAAAGUUCGGCACACAGCCUGACUUCUAGAACCACAUGCGUAUUUAUACCCCCAGAAAACUAGCUUUUGCCAGUAUUAUACAUAUAUAAAUUUACACCUUUACCUUUCCACAGGAGCCGGCUGCUUUUUGUGAUUUUUAAUAGUGCUUUUUCUUUUGACUAACAAGAAUGUAACCCCAGAAAGAGUAAUAGUGACAAGUGAAGAGCGCUACUAAAUCCUCACAUUACUAGACAAGUGUGUGUUAGGGACCCUUGCCAAGCCCCGCGACUGACUGGCUCCUACCCCCAAGACCUCAGGGCGCAGGCCUUUGGGUGAGUCGGGAGAUACACCGAUGAACUGAUCAGGCGAUGCCCCAGGACCCCACCGGGUCAGCCACCGGAGCCCCACAGCCAGGAGGCAGCUGGCCUGACCCGUGUCUCUGGGGUCCUCUAGCAGACAGACACGUGGGGAGAAACAAAGGGAGAAGGGAUGGGAGAGAAAACAGGAGAGGGCAGGAGAAAGGAUUUGCACUGCACCAUCUGGGAAGGGACGAGGGCUAUCAGCAGUGCCACGUCAGUGGCUUCCAGAACCCUGACCUAACCUGUUCCUCAUCUGAGAACCAGGGAGCGGGCAGGACAGAGGGAUGAGGGGACAUUUUCUAGGUUCUGGGAGGCUAGGAAAGGACAAACAUUUUUUGGAACUGCAAACAAAUUUUAAAACUUUAGCUAUGGGACUGGCACUAUGUCCAUUCCCAUAGAGGGCACAUUGAUUCCUAGCACAGGGUGGUGCUCAAAUUUGAGCCCACACUGCUGGCCUAGCCCUUUAGCAAGACACACUGCCGGCUCCACGGCAUGACAGCAUGCUACUCCUAGUAGGCUAAUGGGAGGGAGUUGGCUUUGCAAAGGAUAUCUUUUGGGAGUAAAGCCACAUUUUGAAAAACACUGUCACAUUCUAUUUUGAGUAUUAAUGCAUAGGCAAGACGUGUAACUCAAUGUUUUGUAUUAACCUGUUUUGUAUAGUUAGCUAUAAAAGGAAGCUGAGAAGGAAAAUGUAGUCUUGUGAAGGGUUUUCUCGAUGUCACAACUAGGACAAAUGGAAUAAAUAUAAGGCGAAGUGAAACCCCAACUGCUACCAACCAAAGCAACUCCCUGAAGCAGUUGGGACUCAAAGGAUAGGAUGUCAGUCAUGUUUUCUUUUUAUUGAAUGGGGGUUCCACUAUCUCAUGCUAGUCUCUUAGGAAGAUAUUCAAGAGCAUUAACCAAUGUUUAUUAAAGCACUUUAUGCUCCUUGAGAAAAAAGGUGGUAUGUAAUUUAUGCAAGAUAUCUCUAGAAUUGGGACUCAGGAUAUUAAUGAGCCGUCAAUAGGAGAAAAGCUUCUUUUCAUCUGCUUUGGACCUUGCCUUGGGUCUGAUGAUGAUGGAAGCAGGGAGACAGGGUACAAAGGGUGCCUGGCCUCCAGGGUCUCACAACCCUGGGUCUCUCAGCAGGCUCUGUCUGAUGCUAUGUAUUUAGGACGUAUGUACCUCCUGAAGCCAGUCAGAGCUGGGCAGGCAACAGUGGAUUGCUGCUUCUGGUAGAGGACAGUAAGCUUCCCUUCAUGCUUGAAACUUAACUCUAGGACCUGAAAUAUAAUAGAAGAAUCUUUGCAUCCUUUCCUGUGUGUCACAUGCUGGUUUCAAGGUUCUUUGCAUGAAGAGAUGGGAGAGUCGGCACGUCCCUGGUGACAGUGGUGCACCGAUGGUGGCUCUGCUGAAGGAGCCUCCAGCCAACAGCCAGGUCCAAACAAAUUUAGGCCAGGGCUAGAAGGAGGGAAAAGCUUUGUUUUUCCUCUUCUUUACAUGCACAAAAACACCCGUGACCACUGGCAUCAGGACAAAGCAGGUAACCAGGAGAUUAGAUAGGGAAAAUAAAAGAAGACCUUAAUCCUCUCGUUUUUUCAAACAGAUAAAGAUCCAGCAAUUCGUAAAAACAAAGAAAAACCUUAGCUUGACAUAUAAUAUCUUGAUUUCAGUAAUACCAUUAAGAGAAUUUAGUAAUACCAUCUUUCCAAAAGAAAAAAAAAAUCUGUUAGAACCAUGUUAAUUCAGCCUCUUCAAAGACUCCAGUUUGUAGCCUACACGAGUCCUCGUCACAAAAUGGUUCCACCUGGAGUCUUAACCUAGCACAACGGAAGCCUGCAGCCAGAGAGGACAUCUCGUUGCAAGUGCUUGCCAUAACCUGGUUCAUUAGAACAGCAGUGAAAAUCAAAACACUCAUUAACUGAUGGUAUUAUUAGAACCAUUUGUCAGUUCUAACAAAAAUGGUUGGCACUAACGAACUAUUAAAAAAGAAGCAUUUCCUUUCAGGAUUUGUGAAAUAAUGUACGUGUAACUGUGUGGGUGGAAUGGACUGAAACCACACAAGUCUGUAUCUAGGUAGUCUAAGAAAUGAUGCUCAGACCUUAGUUUCAGCCCAUGGAGUUAAUCUGUCCAAAUCCUGAAAAUUGUUACUCAGAUCUUCUAGCUGUGCCAUUUCCCAGCCCAUAAGAAUGUCAAACAUGAAAAAUACUUGCCAAUCCCUUUUAACUGAUUAAAGGAGGAGCACAUCUUUGACUGACAGUGGUAGUGGUUGUAUGUGUAUAUAUUACGUGUAUGUGUGUGUGUUGUGCGCAACUAUUUAAGGAAACUGGAAUUUUAAAGUUACUUUUAUACAAACCAAGAAUAUAUGCUGCAGAUAUAAGUAAGACAUAAUUUGGUCCUACGGCUCUAGUCACUAUGAAUGUAUUUUGUAUGCUAUCUUCAUAUAAUAAAGUUAACUUCCAAAAUCA